AUGCCUGGGCAGAAGGCUCCUAAUGAGCGUUACGGGGGCUACAGCUGGAAGGGCUGCGGAAGUCCUAGGCCAGCCCUGAGCGUGCUCACAGCUGCCCUGUCUGAGAGGGAGCUGUCUGAGGAAGAGCCAGGGGGUGGGGGCUUCCUGGGGCUCAGGAAACAGCUCCCUACCCCCAGCACCUGUGAGCCAGCAGAGCCCACCGAGCUCAUAUCGCCCCUGGAGGCUUCCUGGGGGGCUGGCUGUGACAGGUGUCUGCAGGUGGGUUCUGGAGAGUUCCGUACUCUGCGGAAGGGCUUCUCCCCAUACCACUCCGAGUCCCAGCUUGCAUCGCUGCCGCCCUCCUACCAGGAUGUCCCCCAGAAUGGCCCCACCUGCCCUGUCCCGGAGCUGCCCUCGCCCCCGUCCACGGGCUACAGCACCGCAGGACAGAAGCCUGAGGCUGUGGUGCACGCCAUGAAGGUCUUGGAAGUGCACGAGAACCUGGACCGACAGCUCCAGGACAGCUGCGAGGAGGAUCUGAGCGAGAAGGAGAAGGCCAUCGUCCGAGAGAUGUGCAACGUGGUCUGGAGGAAACUGGGUGACGCCGCCAGCUCCAAGCCUUCCAUUCGGCAGCACCUGUCCGGGAACCAGUUCAAGGGACCUUUGUAGGGCCAUUCUUUCCUGGAUGUGGACUGCCCUCCCGCGGUCCCAGGCCUAGCCCCUCCUGUCCUUCUCUGUGGUGAAUUGUACAUAGGACACAGCUUCCUCGGCUGCCAUGGUGCGACGUGGCCAGGCCUCCAUCGCCCGCGUCCCACGCCAACAAAUGGGGGAGAUGAGAGGCCACGGCGCGGUCCCUGUGCAGAGCGGCCUGGACAGACAGCCUCGUUCCCUCAGGGCCCUGGCUCCAUUAGCAAGAGGCUGACGCUGCUUUACGGCUGCUUCUGGCCAGGCCCAGGCCCAGUGGAGUCUCGCCUUCAAUCAAGAGCGUUCCAUCCAUCAGGCCUCCCAUGCCUUGAUGCCCCAAGCCCUGGCCAGAGGCCUUGGGAGUCAGAAUCCUGAUGCAGGGCCGCCCUUGCCCCCAGCGGAGGCCGGGACCUGGACUCACCGCCGAGGAACUCACCAACUCCACGGCUGGCAGGAGGUGGCUCUGGGGGUCCCAGGCCCUGCCUGACCCCCAGCCCUGGAAGCUCAGGGUCGUCUCUCUCUAGGGGUUGUGGCGUCCAGCUUGUUUGUAGCAUUCACCCAUCGCGACCCCCCUCAGACCCCUCCUCUCUGUAAGGUCUCCCCAACCUUGGCAGGCUGAGCUGCCUCGGCCUGCGCUGGGAGCCCUUCUGUGUUUACACGGGAAGGUCUGGAGUGUCGGAGCUGAGCUGCACAUCUCAGGCCGGGUAGGCAAAUGAGGCCGUGGCUGGGUGUCUGUCCA